CCGAGCUCUGCCAACAGCCUCCUCCGGCCUCUGCCAACAGCCUCCUCCGGCCUCUGCCCUCGGCGGCAGCUGCCCCCUCCCCUCCCCUCUCUCCCGGGAGCCUGCGCUGCAUCUCAUUAGACGCGCUGUAAUCUCCAUCCGCCGACCAUCCGCGGCGCUGUGUACCAUUUACGCUAAGUGCGGAUGAUUCCUGUGCUUAAUGGCAGCCAAUUACUCAAUCAGCGCUCAGGCCGGGCCAAUAACUCGGCGGCGGCGGCGGCAGCCAAUGGGAGGCGGCGGCGCCGGCCGACCGACCAAUCAGCGGCCGCCCAGUAAUUGGAUACUAACCGGAGGGCGGUCCGUGGCGCGGCCGGCGCGCGGGCCAUCUUCAAUGUGGGUCCGGCAGCGCUCCGUGUGCGGUCGCCGGGUCAGCCGCCGGUCGUCAUGAGCAGCCGUCAGCCGUCGCCGGCCGCCGCCGAGCCGCCGCCGCCGCCUCCCUUCUUCCCGGGGCCGGCCUACUCUCUGGACCUGCUGAAGGCCUACGGGGAGCUUAGGGAGCCGGCCGCCAGCCCGCCGCCCGUCAGCGCCGACAGCAGCGGCUCGCCGCCCAAAGCGGCCGCCAGCUCAGAGGACAGCAAGACGGCCUCGUGUGACAGCACCGACCAGCUGCCUGAGGAGCGCCCCCAGCACCGCUCGACCCCGCCGCCCUCCUCCGGCACCAAACUGACCUCUGGUGACCUCACCACCGGCGGUACCCCCGACCCGGGCAUCCGGCGCUACCGCACCGCCUUCAGGCCCGACCAGAUCAAACGGCUCGAGGCCGAGUUCCUCAAGGACAACUACGUCAGCCGACCCAAGAGGAACGAGCUGGCCACCGAGCUGGGACUCGCAGAGGGAACCAUCAAGGUAUGGUUCCAGAACCGUCGGAUGAAGCACAAGCGGCAGCAGAUGACCUCCUGGCCGCUCGACCCGCGCUUCGCCGACCCGACGCUGGCCGCCCUGCUGCUCCAGGCAGCCGUGGCCUCGGGCGGCUACGGGCCGUACGGCGCCGCGCCGCCGCCGCCUCCCCACCACCACCCCGCCCACCACAGCCACCCGGGGGGCCCGCCGGCGGCCGUGCUGCCGCACCUGGCCGGCUACUACGGCCCGCUGGCCGCCGCCAAGGGCCGCUUCUCGCCGUACCCGGCACUGCCGCUGCGGCCGCAGCCCAGCCUGGCCUCCGGCUUCCUGCUGCCGCCGCCGCCGCAGCCGCCGCUGCUGGGGUCGGCCGGGCGUGGCUCCCUCUCACCUCCGCUGGUGGCCUCCUCGGCGGCGGCGGUAACGACUAGCUCACCUGACCCCAGCACCUUCUUCCGACCAUUCAAAUCGGACUCACCACCUCCCGGAGAGCGCUAGUUUACUCUUAGGCAGCUUUUUCGUUGGCUGUGUGUGCGGACGAUACACUAUCGUGUUUAGGUGAACAGAGUUGCGAUGUCGCUGGCUGAUGCUCUGGUGCUACUGCUUGAGAGGAUAGUGAACCCUAUUGUCGUGCUGUAGUCAGUGUGGGCUGGGGUCUCCUGGGGUGGGGUCUCUGAAGCGGCCAAAGAGCGUACGGGGCCCUACCAUUUCUGCGAGCGCGGGUAGGGAACAGUGAUUUGCAGAAGCAGCAGUCCCCGGAAGCUGCGUCCUGUACUGUUAUUGGUACUACAGCAGCGGGCUGCUGAACUGCUGGGCUGCUAGUACUGAAGCGGUUCCUAUUCGCCCGGGCCCAAAGUCCUUCACCGUGCAACCUUGCAGCUGUCGGUAAAAUAUUCGUGUGCUCUGUAAAUAUCCGAUGUUCGCGCUAUUAUUUCGCAGGUGAAACCACAGUUAUGCUGACGAGAAAGUGGUGAGCGAAUGAUGUCUAUUUAUUUUCUCUCUACCUAUUUAUCUCUUCCUGAAUACGGUUUGGUGAACUUCAAUACCUUGACACAAGUGUAACUUAUUCGUUUUAUGCUUUGAUAUUUGUAAUUUGUAUGAAUGUGGCUAUUUAGCAAGUGAGAAAUUCGAAUGUUGAGGCGCUACCCAAACAACAAUGAGUUAGUUAUCGGACUGCUCUACAUAGUGUUUCUGGAUCCACCAGUGACCAGUAUACCUACUCAAGGACCUAAAAACAAAAGUAUAUAGUCUGUGGGGGAUAAAAAAGAAACUUUGGAAAAUGAUCUUUUUUAAUUUCUCUGUGACAAUUUUUGCUCUUGCUAUCUGUAUGGCCCAUUGCUAUUCGUUUUCUGACCAUUCGUUGUUUGCUGUGUGUAGACAGAGAGUGACUAAUCCUUGCAAUACGAUUGGGCACAGUGCAGAAGGUCGCUACAUUAGAACUCCACUACCAGUAGCGUGAGUGACCCCUGAUGUAAAUGUGUCGCGAUCCACGGGGCCCAUAUUGGGCAACACUGGUCAAUGGUUUUAGCUGGAUGUCGUGAACGCUCGUGUACUGUAUGACAGCUGUGGUGUUAUAUUUAUGUCCCUUGCAAUAUAGAUUGUUGCAGCUUGCAA